AUGAUCGACAUGCACUCCGCCACAGCACCACAGCAGCCAGCCAAUGGGAAACCUGCUGACGUGCUGUGUUUCUGUGUUAGGCGCUGCAUUGUGUUUUGCUCGGCCUUGUCAGAGAUGGAGAGUCAGAAUGUGUGGUUGUUUUACUUUCUCGUCUUGGAAUCCUUAGGCGGAGGUCGUUUGAGGGAUAGAGACUUCAAGGAGAGCGUCUUUAUCUUUCUCAAUCACACUAGCUACAGUGAUGAAUAUUUCCAGUUUGUGAUGUUGCCUUGCGCUCAGGAAUGCUCAGUUCUCAUGGGAGUGUCGCCACACCGCUGGAACCUUACUCCGCGACCCGACCUCUUCCUCCUCCUCCUACACGUCCUCCUCCACCUCCUCCCUGCAGCAUGGAGGAGGGGAACAGUACCACCUUCUGCAGACGGAGGAGGAGAGAAAGAAGAAGAGGAUGACGAUGAGAACAGACAGAAGAAGGAAGAGGAGGACGAUGUUUGGGCAGCUCUCAGUCUCACGGGGAUAGGAGGGGUCGACGCUCCCCCUCAAAAUAACACGGAGGUCCUGGCGCAGGUGGGGGGCAAGGCUACAUUCACCUGCCAUACUCACCACCUGGCAGACGAAAUGGUGACGUGGCUCAAGAGGGAUGAUGACCAGCUGCUCACGGUUGGAUCUCAGGUGUAUGCUGCUGAAAACCGCUUCACUGCCACCCAUUCCCACCACAACAAGGCGUGGGAACUCUGGGUGAAGGACGUGCAGCUGUCAGACGCCGGCCAAUACGAGUGUCAGCUCACAACACACCCGCCCGUGACCUUCCAUUUCACCCUCAAAGUGACGCAAGCCGAGGCAGUAGUGAGCGGCCCCACUGAGGUACACAUCGAAGAAGGGUCCAAGCUUGCUCUAGAAUGCCACGUGAGAUAUGCCGCUUCGCCCCCGGUUUAUAUUUUCUGGUACCACAACGCUACAAUGGUUAACUACGCUCGCCAACACUCGCUCGAGGUACAGCAUCACAACUACACCAGUAACCUAGUGGUGACCCGCGUGCGCCCCUCUGAUGCCGGCACCUACAGUUGUGAGCCCCACCUGGCCACACCUGCCAACGUGACCGUGCAUGUGUUUACAGGCAAAACCCCAGCAGCGAUGCAGCACGGCAGAAACCAAGUCGAUGGGGGAGGCACAACCAGGCGGCCAUCCUUCUCCAUGGUCUUCGUCAGUAGCGUGGCUGUGCUCCUGGUGACACGGAGACCACUCGCUACUCAUUCUGUGACCUCCCACGGACUUUAGUGACCUCGUGCUAAGGGUCAUGUAGGGUCACUUUUGUUUCUUGCUCAUGUUUAUUGCUGUAUAUAAUCUUUCUACCUAGUCUUAUUCCUAUUCUUAUUCCCUUUGUUCUAUUUUUUCUCUUUCUUCUUUCCCUUUUUCUGCUCUCGUGUUUCGCUUUUCUCUUCUCUUCUCUUCUCUUCUCUCUCUCUCUCUCUCUCUCUCUCUCUCUCUCUCUCUCUCUCUCUCUCUCUCUCUCUCUCUCUCUCUCUCUCUCUCUCUCUCUCUCUCUCUCUCCUGGGGUGUGAUUUAUACAUAUUUGACACCUCCUCUCUUCCCCCUCUCCCUCUCCCUCUCUCCCUCUCACUCUCACUCUCUCUCACACUCUCCCUCCAUCUUACAAGAAAUAUAAUAGUAAGAGUGACUAAUGGCCGUGUUACUGAGGUGAUGCAUGUUGGGUAAAGUUUUUUUUUUCUUUUCUUAUUUUUUCUUUUUCUUAUUCGUCUUUUUCUCAGUUUUAAUUUUCCUAUUUUCGUUUUCUUCUACAUGUUUCUUUUUUUUUUUUUUUUUUUUUAAAGGUGGGAAGGUUUCAUUGUCCUUGUUUAUUCUUUGUUUUUCCCCUUUUUUUUCUGUUUGUUUGUUUUUGUCUCAUAAAUAUUCUGUUUCAGGUACG